AUGGCAAUCGUUCGGCCUUGCGCCACUCAAUUGAGCAAAUUCAGUAUUCAGCUGACAAGGUUGUCGUUACCUGCGCUUAGCAUAAGACUUUUCCACACACCUCAGCCUCUGCAGAAAGGAGGGCCCAAGCCCCCACGAAAGAAGAAAGAUGUAGCGCCAAAAUCCAUGGCAUCGAACCAGGCCAAAAAGAAGAAGGAAGCCAUAAAGAAGAAGAAGAAAUCCCGAACAUCUUUCAAGGAAGAGAAUAUUGAACAAUUGCCAAAGUUUUCCUUGGUAGAUGCUAUGCGAUAUAUAAGAGCAGCUGAGGCUGGUCAGAAUCCAGCGAUUGUCAAAUAUGAUCUCGCCGUCAAAUUAACUUCCCCUAAGAACGGUCCAGUAAUACGAAACCGUCUCCGACUCCCACAUCCUGUGAAAACCGAUAUCAGAAUCUGUGUCAUCUGUCCACCCGACUCAAAAUACGCUGUUGAGGCAAAGGAAGCAGGAGCUGUAUUAGUUGGCGAGGAAUCAAUAUUUGAGGCCGUAAAAGAUGGAAAGAUCGAAUUCGACCGAUGUAUUUGUCAAUUGGAUUCUCUCGAAAAGUUAAACAAGGCUCAACUGGGCAGAGUUUUAGGUCCCAAGGGCUUAAUGCCUAGCACCAAGAUGGGAACCGUAGUUAAAAAUCCGGCUGAUCUCAUAAAAGAUAUGGUCGGUGGUGCCGAAUACAGAGAGAAACUAGGUGUUUUGAGGAUAGCCGUUGGGCAGCUAGGCCACUCGCCUCACCAACUACAGAAAAAUCUUACCGCAUUCAUGGCCGCUAUCAAGACUGAUAUGGCUCAAAUUGCGGAAAAGGUCACAAAGACGAUCGCCGAGGUAGUGCUCAGCUCAACCCACGGGCCAGGAUUGACCUUGAACGGCAAAUUCAAAGAAGCCGACUCGAUCAACCCCAAGAACCUUUCUGGAGUUAAUUAA